AUGGAAUCCACUCAAUACAAUGAGCUCUGUGAGGAGAUCUAUGUGCAAAUUAUGGAAAAAAUGGAAAGGAGCCAUGAGGAGGGAGGCCGAUUUGCUCCUCAUGGUACUGCGAAGAAAGUUCUACAGCCAGAAGUCUUGCGACGCCUCUUUCGCAGUCUGCAAUUAAACGAUGCCCCAACAAACAUUUACGAUCUCAACGAAGAUAGUUUGAUCAACAAAAUGCGAGAACGGAAGCUAUAUGACUUUCUCGCUAUUCUCAUUUUCACGUCCUGCACCAUCGAGGCUACGCGGAAAUUCACCAUCAAACUGUUGGCUCCAACUGCCUGGUCGCCAAAUAUCUGCUCUCUGCCAGCAGACCGUGAGAGGCUCAUAGAGAUUUUUGGGGAACGGGUCACGCCGGACAAAUUCAUGACACAACAAGCAUGCUUUUGUCCUGUCGUGAUCUGUAACAAAAAGGAAGUUCGAAUACAGAGCCUAGAUCGGCACUGUUUACCCUAUCUGGAACAAAAAUAUCGCGGAAAAGGAGCGCAGGGCACUGUAUACCAAGUGAAGAUUGCCAAGGGGCACUUUUACGACCCGAUUGUUCAAGGAACAAAUCAGAGCCCGAAGGAAUUGGCGCGCAAAGACUAUCAAUCCACUAAGGACAUGGAAGAAGAUAUCUUAAGGCAAAUUCUUGCCUGCGAUCGGACUUGUCCAAAUAUUGUGGAUAUCUACGGUAGCCUUUCCAUUGGCACAAAUUACAGCAUCUUCAUGCCUCUCGCCAUGUGCGAUCUAAGCGCCUACAUGGGGGACGACCGAGCAAGACCAAAUACCAUCACCAAAACAGAUAUGAUUAACUCGGCUCGGGGACUCGCAGGUGGGCUUGAUUUCCUUCAUAAUGGCAUGAGGACGGCCGAAGGAGACAGGAUAGUAUGUUACCAUAUGGACCUCAAGCCGAGCAAUAUUCUGGUAUACCUUGAAACAGUCAACGACAAGCAGGAGUUUGUUUGGAAGAUCAGUGACUUCGGCAUGUCUCGGCUCAAAUUGAAAUCUCGCAGAGAGGAGACCGACUUCGACAGCUGGUUUGUCCGGUUCCAGCAGCCCAAGGAUGCAUCUACCUCGGCAACCUACAACAGACGUGGGGACGGUAGCACUUAUCUUGGGCCCGAGUCUCUGUCACCACACAGGGCUAUGAGAAAAGCAAACGACGUCUGGUCUUUGGGGUGUAUCCUCAGUAUCGUUUUUACAUUCCUAGAGGAAGGCAGCUCUGGCGUUAGAGAGUACCGAGAAAAGAGAAUAAAGCACCGCAGCUCGGAUGGUGAUCGCUUCUUUGUCGCAGAUCCACUGUUUGGUCGUCCGAAGAUCCACCCAGCGGUCACACUAUGGCAUGAUGGACUGAUCAAGAAAGCCAGACAGAGGAGCCCCAAGGAGGGGGAAGCGGUGAAGUCAAUCCUGGAUUACCUGGAACAUGAUGUUCUCCAGCCAGAACAAUCAAAGAGAUGCAACGCCCGGAAACUGGAAGACAAAUUGUAUAAGACAUUUCAGAAAUACAAGGAGCUGAACAAUGAAGGGGGCCCACCUUUGCCAGAGAAAGAGCCUGGUAUAAGCAAGAAGCUACAACAAAUGCGCAUCAAUGUCCUCAUAGGCAAAAAGCAAGAGUCCGCCUCAGACAAACGUGUCGAGCAAUGGUAUCUAGGUCCGACCCAGUCUUUCAAAGGCUGCGAGAUAUCUCCAGAUGGAACAGUUAUUGCGUUCUGGACUGACACUAGAAUUUCGCUUUACACUUCGCAAUCUCUGGAGCAAGGAGCAGAGGGCGCACGCCCGGCUGCAGAAUAUUUGAUCAAGACACCGGAAUAUCGCUGGAAGAGUAUCAGCCUGACGAGAAAACAUCUGAUAGCUUCCACCUCGGGGGGCACUUUCCAACUUUAUAUCUUCAAACUACGAAAGGGGCUAUUAGGCAUGGACGUCAAUCUUAGACAUGGGGAGCGAAUCUCUCUACCAACACUGCCUGAGAUAAAGAAGGUGGCUCUCGCGCCUGGAGGUCAGACAAUAGCAUGUGUUGUCAGCGACGGAUAUGAGGACCAGAACACAGGGUCCUUGUAUAUUGGUUCCGUCAAUUCUCCGAAUGAGUGGCAGCUGGGGAAUCAACUCGAUUGGCCCGCAGCAGACGUGGUUCAGCUAUCAUUCUCAACAAAUGACGACCUAUACAUGGUUUUCCGACCACAAAGAAGCGGCCCAAAUCAGAAACACGAGAUUCCUGUCAUUCAUGUAUCCCUCAAAUCUAACCAGCUAUGUCCGCUCAUUAUCGAGCCAAAAGGCUUUGAGAGUAGUAGCACUGUUGGUCUUUUUACGACUUUCGCUCCGUUUUUCCAAAAGCCCCAUGUUUGUGUCCUUGUCACCCGAGAAAAGCAGCUACACAUCCAAAGCCUGGCAGAAGUGGAUAAGACAGCUGCUAUACAUGCCGACAUCAAGAAUUACCGAGUCCUUAAGCUGAUGAUGGGCAAAAAUGAUGAGAAAAUAUUCGCAGUGGGGAGGCGCGCGGCGCAUCAUAGGAUGCUUCUAUUGGAGAUUGCCAUUCCCGCACCUCAGGCAACAACGAUUACUGUGACCGAGCUUGCUGAGAUUCCGGGUCUUACAUACAGUGAUGAAUUUGCCGAGAGAGUGGUCCACGGUGAAAAAGAGAGUGUUGUUAUUCUUGCCGCUUUGAUGGGUGCAAACCAAUGUGGAAUAUACAAAAUAACUGUGCCUAGGUUCAGAUCGGGUACCUCAGCGGCUGCAUAG